AGUUGUCCUAUUUCCUCGGCCAGUAACGUGUCAGAGCGCAGGCAUGGAGAAUUCGUCGGUGUACAUGUGCUUCCCCUGCUACCAGGAGUUCAACACUCUGGAAGAGGUGCUCAAGCACCAGUUGACAUGCACUGCUGAGGAUGAACAACCUGACACAUCUGGAACCACCCCUGUUACUGUUCCAGUGUUACAGACACGGCAACAGGUGAUGAGUAUAUCAAGGACAAUUGCAGUCCCACAGAUUGAAGUCCAAGCAGAACACUUCUCCGUGCAGCCUGUUAGGAGUGCACUCAAGCAAACCACAGUCAGUGCAAAGUUAACAUCCGACCAGCCCAGAAUUCUCUACCAGUGUGGGGAUUGUGAUGAACUUUUCAAAAGCCUUGACCUUUGGCAGCAACAUCGUAAAGAAGAGACAUGUCAGCAGUCUGCCUCUGGGAGCAAGUCAAAACCUGACUCACAACCAGAGCCAGAGCCAGAGCCAGAACCCUCAUCAGCUCAGAGUCAGACUUUACCUUUAGAUCCAGAGGAGUCUUCUUUCGCAACGACUGAAACGAGCAGAAAUAUUAAGCCUGAACCAGUGGAUAAACCUGCAGAAGAGGGAGAGAGGCAGGAGGCUGCAGAGACCUCUCCAUCCCACAGCUCUGAGCCCAUCGUUUCUGAGGUGACCGCUUCAACCUCUAAUCCAGAUGAUUCGUCUCCAAGGAGGAGAGGGGCAAACAAAAAACCAAAGCCUGAACCAGUGCUCUUGUGUGUGGACUGUGGCUCGUGCUUUGGCCUGGUGUCUGAACUCGUGGCUCACCGCAAAACCCAACAUGGUUUCGAAGAAGCUCUACACCGCUGCGCUGUGUGUGGGGAAAGCUUUCUAAACACCACCCUCUUCCUCUAUCACCGCAAACAACACCGACAGAAGGGUGAAGAAAAGGUGAUGGUGGUUCCUGAAGUGACAUCAGAGGAAGUUUGUACUCAGAGCAAUGGGACUGAUGAGCAGCAGAUGGAUGCCACUCCUUCCAACACCAGUGUCACUUUCACACAGCCAGAGUUGUUUAUGUGCACCCAGUGCGGGCAGAGCUUUAGUGAUGAGGGAGAGCUGGUCACGCAUCGUCUGCAGAAGCACGACCUGAAGGAGCCACUACACAGUUGUUCACACUGUGGGCUGAGCUUCAUGAACACCACACAGUAUAUGUACCACUGGCAGCAGCACCGCUUCACAUCAGAGACGAAUGUGCCAGAUGAGGCUGAAACUGGUGUUGAAACAACUGAACCUCAGGAUAGCCCACAGAGCACAAAGCGACUGCUUUCUCCGCCUGCCUCGGCUAGUGAAUCAGGUUCUCCUCUUCCGAAGAAACCUAGGCCUUUUGUUAGGAUCCUGAGCAGUAAUGCACGCAAAGGAAACAAAUGUUUAGGCACUAAAGAUGACACAGAGGGCAACACUGCAGCAGACUCAGACAACACCAAUCACCCUCCACCUGCCAAGCUGCUGCAGGACUGGGCCCGAACACCACUACCCCACGUCUGCCCCUACUGUAACAAAACCUUCACUCGACGUGUCUUUCUCCGCACCCAUGUUUACAGCCACACCGGAGAAAAGCUCUUCACAUGCAAGGUGUGCACAAAGUCAUUCACCAACUCCCAGAGCCUGCUGCGCCACAGCAUGAGCCACACAGGCAACAAGCCCUACAGUUGCAAUGUUUGUGGCAAAAACUUCUCCCAGGCAGCCACCCUGAAGAGACACCAACGCAUUCACACAUCAACGCAGCCGCGGCGCAAGCGCGGACGCAAACCGGUGUGUACUUUGGACAAUGAGGGAGCUGCUCAUCUCUUCCCGUGUCCUAACUGUCCUUCACGGUUCAACACUGAGGAUCAGCUUAACCACCACCGAUUGCUUCACACUAGCCAUCCAUUCCCUUGUCCUGAAUGUGGGGAGGCCUUCAAACGCAGGAGAGACCUGGACCUGCACUCCCUCACUCAUCAAGACAAGCAGCCAGCGACAUGUCCUCACUGCUCCACCCAGUUUGUCAACCAGUCAGUGCUGGAAAUCCACCUGCAGCGUUGUCCGACCACAGAGGAGGAAAAGAACACUGGCCGUGGACGGGGCCAGGGCCGGGGACGCUGCACUGGACAGAUUGAGUGUGACCUUUGUGGGCACCGUUGCAUGACUCAGGAGGGACUCGACCUCCAUCGGUUAUCCCACACAGGACAGACGCCUCUCAAAUGCCCAGUGAGGCCUUGCCGCCGCCGCUUUACCUCCAACAGUAGCUUGGAGGAGCAUGUGCUGGCGCAUUUCCAAGGGACGCUCAGCAAGUCCAAAAACCGACCCCGCUUUCGUUGUCAGAUUUGCCACAAGGAAUUUGCCUACAAUUCAACCUUCAAUGUUCACAUGAGGACACAUACUGAUGAGAGGCCCUUUGAGGUAAGAAGGACGGUGGCUUGUGUGUGUGUGUGCCCUCGUAAAAGGAAGUUUCCCCUCAGCCUUCAGAAUUUUUUCUUCUUUAUUUAAGGCACUUAAAUCUUUUAACACCUGUAUUUCAAAUUGAAAUCCAGAGCUGCAGUAUCCUACCAUGGUCAUAGCUGUGGCCAUCUCUUGUUCCGGACCAUGGCCAUUUGUGCAGUGUGUGUCCUGCGGGUGUUUCCUCCCUCCCUGUGUACCUGUGAUUAAUUGCAGGGCUGAGUUAGGGCCUGUCAGCUCCCCUCUGUGCCUGUUACUAUUCUGGGAGUCCUUCCCUCUCUCUCUACUGCACUGGUGACAAGGCAGGACAUCAACUAUAGACCCACCCAAACCCAUCUCAGCAUGCUGGGCUGUAGAAAUUGAUUUAAUGUUUGUGGCAUUGCUUUGAGCCAUAUCCAUCAGCCACGCUAAAAGAGCAUCGGUUCUCAAACACAGCAAGUCAUGGGGAUGAAUUUUAAUCUAUAUCAAAUACACCAUGUACCUAAACCUGAAUGCCUGUAUUUGCAUAGCUAUUCAAAGCGCACGCUCAACAGGAAAUAAAUAUUCUAAAAUAUAUUUCAUAGAUGGGAAUCAAAGUAAAGCUUAAUGUCAUUCUUUUGCCGUGCUUCAGGUUUAUUGUCGUAGUUCAUUGUGGGAGCAAACCAAGAGCAAAUGCUGCACAGACGGCACAACUGUUGAACUGUAGGUCACUGAUGUGAUUACUUUAUUUAGAAAUGGUUUAGCUCUCAUGCUCGCUGCUAACAUUUUUUGUGGUGUAACUAAUCAUACUAUCUGUGUAACUGUUGAUGCUCUCCCUCCUUCAAGUGCAUAUAUAGCUGCAACAUGUAGCUGAUCAAUCAAGUAUUUGAAUAACAAGAUAUCAUUCAGCAGACGGUGACAAAGCAGAAUUUAACACAUAUUCAUUUGCUUAUAUUUUGCUGUUUUUUUGUGACAGUAAACUCACAUCUUAAGUCAUCCCCCUAAUUUUUCAAAUUUCCCAAUGUCUAAUUGAAUAAACAAUUAAUUGAUUGUAUAAAAAAAAUCACUUCAUCCAGUCUAAGAUGUUUCUAUUGCUUUAUAUCUGUCCUUCCAUCUCUGUGUUCCUCUGUACUAUUUUCUCUCUGUUCUCUCUCUGUCCCAGCCAGAAGUGGUGCAUCUGCAAAAAAAUAUGAAGAGUGGUAUCAGAAAAAAAAUAAUUGCAAUCACAUUUAUAAAGUGGCAGGGUUGUGAACAUAACUUUGUGGCC